UUUGAGGGGGGUCUUUUUGAGGGGGGUGGGCACGAGCUCUCUAAACCGUUAAGUUGGGCCAAGGAAAUAUUGGGGAGAGAAUGUCUCUCCCCUCCCCCAUUUUCAAAACCACCGGGGCGUGUGUUUUCACCUUCUUUUUUUCAUUUGUGUGUGUGUGUGUGCAAUAAAACUGCUGGCACAUUUGCAAAGCUAAGCGAGGUUCUGUAUGGUUUCAAAUUGGAUGUUGUUGGGGGGGGGGGGCGACCAUAGGUUGAGAUUCCUGCAUUGCAGGGGGUUGAACUAGAUGACUUUCGGGGUCCCUUCCAACUCUCAUAGUUAGAUCCUAUGAUUCAGAGCCUCUGCAAAUGGGCAGGUGGAUGUCAGGAGAGCCACCUUAGAGAGGACUGCCCCCCCACUAUUUUGGGGGUGUUUGGGAGCUGAGUUUGAAGUUAGGGCUAUAUGCCACCCCCAGUUUCCCAACGAAACCCCCUUCAUUGGAGUGUUGUUUGAAUGUGGUGAGCUGGCCAACACCUACCCCCUCCACAAAUUUUAGGUCGGGUGAAGAAAUCGGGACGAGGGAGCCCCCCCAUCUCCCCUCCCCUUUGCUGACAAUUUUGAGAUAAAAAAAGAGGUGAGAAAGUGCACCCAAAGUAAGUGACAACCGCUUUCUUUCUCCUCCACCCCAGGGCGAGGAGGAGAGACUGAAGGCAAAACCCACCGCGCUCCUUUUAUUCCUUAUUUUGGGAUCAAACUCCCCAGUUUUGUUGCAAAGGGUGCUUGGAGACAGAAGUGCCAUAGUGUGAGAUUUGCUGCUCCUUCAGGUGUCAACUUUCCCUUUGAUCCCUUUCCCUGUUUGGUUUUUAACUUUUAUCCAACCCUCUGAGCGAGGAGAGUUUUCAGAGGCUCCUCCCAUAGCGGAUGACACAGACCUCGUUUGUUUCUUUCCUUCUCGGAAGCCAGGAGGCUGCUGCCUUCACCUCCAUUCUCCUCUUCCCUUUCCCCCCGCUCCUCUACAGGGGUGAAGGAACUGAACUUGGCUGCCCAGGGUCUGUGGGCUCCCUAGCCCUUCCUUCCGGCGGGUUCCUCGGCUUCUCCUUGGCUCCGUGCCCUUGCUAUGGAAGAUGUGCUUCCUUCCGCAGUGCUGGAGAUCUGCCUGUUGGUCGGCGUCCCUAGAGAAAGGGCGAAGGAAAUUUACCAGGUUGCUCAAAGACAUGACCCAAGAAGCACCCCUCCCUUCGAACCAGAAGUUCUUUCUGUUUUUGUCCCUCCAUUCAUCAGCAGAGAGGAGUUGCAAACCACAAAUAUAAAUAGUAAUGCAUUCAAUAAAGGGAAACGGCGUUCUUUUCGGAAAAAGAAAGAGAAAUCCAAGAUUGACACUGCGAGAGUUCUGAAUGGAGCCCAUAAAAUUCCAGAGACUGAAGAUAUUACCAUCCCUAUAGACAUUGACCUUAACGGAUUGCCACAGCUUUGCUUUCCAGGUGGAUUUAAUAUAGCGUUGGAAUCCACGGAAGACCGCAUCCAUUUCCUUGUUUUCACCGACGUCUGUGGUAACAGAACGUAUGGUGUUGUCGCACAGUAUCACCGGCCUAUGCAAGAUGCUCACAUCUUCUAUAACGGGCAAGCUUCUUGGGAAACGGCAAAGAGCUCUAGAUCUGCUUCCUACUUUGUGCCAUUUGCAGUGUGCGUCAUAUCUAGGUAUCCCUACUUCAAUGCCCUCAAAGACUGUCUGUCUUGCUUAUUGGCACAGUUGAAGUCUUACAAGGAAUUAGAUGUUGAUAACUAUAUAAAAGAAUUCGCUGCCAAACUUUGUUUAAUCCCCACUCCUCCUCCAGGACCUCUGCACUUGAUAUUUAAUAUGAAGCCUCUCCAGGUAAUAUUUCCAUCUCAGGAGGAUCCUGACAGCCCGCUUAUCGAUCUGGAUCUACACCUUCCCUUCCUAUGCUUCAAACCAGAACAGGUGUUACAGAUCAUAACCUGCAUUUUAACAGAGCGGAAGAUUGUUUUAUUUUCCUCUGACUGGGCAUUGCUGACGCUCAUAUCUGAAUGCUUCAUGAUGUACAUCCACCCUAUUCAGUGGCAGCACACUUUUGUACCCAUUCUGUCUCGUCAGAUGUUGGAUUUUGUCAUGGCCCCUACAUCCUUCCUCAUGGGAUGCCACAUUGAUCACUUUGGAGAGGUUUGCAAGGAAGCCGAUGACUUAAUUCUAGUUAACAUCGAUAAUGGCGAUAUCGCGCAAUCCCAGUCAUCGGAAGAGGAGUCUGAAAUUCCAGAUAUCCCACUGGAGGCGGCAAACAUCUUCAUAGCAAGGGUUGAAAAUCUUCAGCUGCACUACGACCUGGAGCUCUCCCACCUUGCUUCCUGCGCAGACCUUGGUGAAGUUCAGUUGCGAAGGAGGAUUUGGCAGCAGAGGCUGAAUUCUGAAAUUCAGCAGAUUACUCUGCAGUUAAUAGUCAAUAUUUUUAGGGAGGUGAAAGAUCAUCUGAAUUAUGAGCACAGAGUAUUUAAUAGUGAAGAAUUUAUGAAAACGAGAGCAGUGUGUGACCAGCAGUUUUACAAAAAGGUGCUGGAAACCUAUAUGUUUCACUUUUUCCUUAAAGCUCGCCUUAACAGAAGGAUGGAUGCCUUUGCUCGCCUAGAGCUGAGCACUGAAGCUGAGAUAGACAGGUUAACUUCAGUACUCAGCCCAAGGAGGCCAACCAUGGAAAAAGUAAUUUCAAGAAGGUUUAAUCCUCAGUACAUGAUGAGCAGGCGAAUGGGAUUGAGUUUGCCUAAUCUGCAAGAGAUCGCGCCAAAGGAUGGCCCGACAAGGAAUUCCUCUCUUCGGCGUUUAGACAUGAAGCAAGCUACGAGAUCAACCUCUAAGUCAGUGACUACUUUCAAGAUCCCAGAAAUCCACUUUCCUCUUCUGAGCCAGUGUGUCUUUUCUUACUACCUUGAUUUUUAUACUCAUCUCACCAGAGCUAUAAAUAUUUCAUCUCCCGAUAACUCUGCGCUUCUGGCAAGGUAUUUCUACCUCCGGGGACUUAUUGGUUUGAUGCAAGGAAAGCUUCUGAAUGCGCUUUUGGACUUCCAGAACCUUUAUAAGACAGACAUAAGGAUAUUUCCCACAGACCUUGUGAGGAAAGUGGUGGAAAACCUUCCUCCUUCUGAACGUUCCCAAGCGGAUCAGAAGCCAGAGCUGAAGAGGCUGAUAAGUCAAGUGAUGGAUAACCAAAGGGAAAUAAGCAAAGUAGACGACCGUGUGAAAAAAUUCCAGUUGCCGAAAACGCACAUGCAGCUGGAUGACUUUGUGAAGCGCGUUCAAGAAUCUGGCAUUGUCAAAGACACAGACACGAUUCAUCGGCUGUUUGAUGCACUGACAGUAGGACAUCAGAAACAAAUAGACCCGGAAACAUUUAAGGACUUUUACACCUACUGGAAGGAAACGGAAGCAGAGGCACAAGAAGUAAACCUGCCCCCCAGUGUAAUAGAACGCUUAGACAAAAACGAAUGUGUCUACAAGUUGUCGUCCUCUGUUAAAACGAACAAAGGAGUUGGAAAAAUAGCCAUGACUCAGAAGCGCCUGUUCCUUCUGACUGAAGGAGUUCGGCCUGGCUAUCAAGAGAUUGCAACUUUCAGGGACAUAGAGGAAGUGAAGAGUACGACAGUUGCUUUCCUGCUUCUCCGGAUUCCCACCCUAAAGAUAAAAGCCAUGUCCAAAAAGGAGGUUUUCGAAGCAAAUCUUAAAUCUGAAUGUGAUCUGUGGCACUUGAUGGUGAAAGAGAUGUGGGCUGGGAAGAAAAUGGCAGAUGAUCACAAGGACCCUCAAUAUAUUCAACAAGCACUUACGAACGUUCUUCUGAUGGAUGCAGUCGUGGGUGUGUUGCAGUCCUCUAAGAUCAUUUAUGCUGCUUCCAAACUAUCUUACUUUGACAAGAUGAAGAAUGAAGUCCCCAUGAUGGUCCCCAAAACAACGAGAGAAACGCUCAAGCACAAGAUUAAUCCAUCAGCUGGGGAAACUUUCCCACAAGCAGUAGAAGUCUUACUUUACACACCAGGGCAACUUGAUCCAGCAGAAAAGCAUGGGGAUGCCCACCCAAAAUUAUGGUGUGCCUUAAAUGAGGGGAAGGUGGUUGUGUUCGAUGCAUCGACGUGGUCCAUACAGCACUAUCUUAAAGUAGGAAACUCUAAACUGAAUUGUAUGGUAAUGGCAGAACAAAGCCAAGUCUGGAUCGGUUCUCAGGACUCCAUUAUCUAUUUGAUCAACACCCACAGCAUGUCUUGCAAUAAGCAGCUGAACGACCAUCGCUCUGAAGUUGUGGACAUCAUUGUGGAAAACGGAGACGGCAUCUCCAGUGAGGCCUAUUCUUGCAGCGUGGACGGAACAGUGAUUAUGUGGAACAUCAGCACCUUGAAAGUGAACCGCAGAUUCCAGCUGCCCUGCGAAACUCUGACUGCUAUCCAAUUCCACAGUAACAGGCUUUGGUGCUGUAUAGGGAGCUGUAUUCUUGUCGUCUCAACAAAUGGUGUUAUUCGGCAAAAGGUACAAAUGGAAGACAACACGAGAGCUAUGCCCUUCCUCUGUUUCCAGUUGUUCCCUGAGAGUGACCAAGUGUUGGCAUCAUGUUCAGCGAGCACUGAAUUGUAUUUCUGGAACAUGACUGAUCUCUCGACGCCCUCUCAAAAGAUCAGCCUGCAAGACUGCUCAGAGAUCACAUGUAUGAUGAAAGUUAAAAACCAGAUAUGGGUUGGCGGCAGAGGUCUUUCUCAAGGCAAAAUCAAAGGAAAGAUCUAUGUGGUUGAUGUUGAAAAGAAGACGGUGGAGAAAGAAUUGGUUGGGCACAUCGAUACGGUGAAAGCUCUGUGCUCUGCAGAGGACAGAUAUGUUCUUAGUGGCUCUGGAAAGGAAGAAGGGAAGAUAGCAAUCUGGAAGGUUGAAUAAAGUUCAGUGUUUCAGUUUUGUUUAAUUCAGUUUUUAAGGCUGGGUACAGAGAGUCCGCUGGCUUCAGUCUUGUGUGUAUCUUGUUCUUCCUUCAAUGUUUUAACUUAUUAGAUCACUUUUCAGGGUAAUUAUUAUUGCUGUUCUAGAAUAGCAGAAGUAAAUUUAUAUCGGGUUAUGAUGACCAUGAAUACACUGAGUAAGAAACUUGAAAACGUACUAGUAAAUCAUUGAAUGAGUCUUUAAUAUCAAAUUGUAGAAAGCACUUGAAGUUUAUUGUUUGCUGCAUUAUAGGAUCGGUGGCACCUUGUUCAGACAGCGUCAUCAGGUUCUGUGUUUCCUGAAAGGCAAACUGUUAGAGUGCAAUUACGGUAAUCUGGCAAAGUCUGUUAAACUUAGAAGGGUGAAUGAUGACUAAUGCCCUUAAGAUUAUAUAGUGUCUUUUAAAUGGGAUAAGUUGGUUGACAGAGACCUGUCUUUUCCUGGCUUACCAAUGUUGACCUCAAGAUUUGUGCCAUGUUGAGUUACCCCACUGAGAAUGAAUGGGGAGGCUUUUGCAAGAAGGGAGCUUCUCGCUGCACUGUAGAGAUCACUAUAGUAAGAUAUAAGCUUCCCCCCCCCCAAAGUGCUGCUGUCAUGAGACUUUUCCACUAGCACUAGUGCAUUGAAGAAAUUUCCCCUUCUGAGGAUUGCGGUUACUUGCUAAUCUGAAGAAUUGCAAAUCAGGUUCUCAAUUCCCUAAAAAUGGAACUGUUGCUUUCUUUGUUUAUACAUUUAACGUACAAUAUAAUUUUCAAAGGUGCUCCCCUUUAUUUGCGAACAUAAGCUAUGCCACUCCUCCUUUUUCAAAUGCUCUUACUUCCCACAGCCUUUCAGAAAGUUUGUAAGUUUCAUUGCCGGGUGCAUAACACAAAAUGCCGACUUCAAGCAACUGGCGCUCUGCUACGUUUCCCUUCAACAGACAUUCACAUCAGGAGUCUUUACUCACAAAUGAGUCAUUCCCCUGCCAUUUUUUUAAAAAAUAUUUAUAGCUGAAUUGUAAAUAAGUAAUUCUGUCCUCCAACUUUUUAACACUAUAAAGUAAUUAUAUAGUGAGCCUGAAGGAAACUUUUGACGGCCUUAACUUUCGUAUUGGGAUAGUGUGUUGAAUAGCAUUGUAAAGACAGAAAUGUUUGCUAUUUUUGUAAACAGUUUAAUAAAAGAUUGAAGUGUUACAAAUUGCUAAUUUCAUAUUCCCUGUGUGUAACAGAAGGAUUUCUAUCUACUAAUAAAACCAUGCCUUUUGGGAGUA